AUGGACACGGCGCCUGGCUGGUGCAGCAUGAUCAUGCGGAUCGGGUCGAUGGGCGUGGGAUGGAUGGGCAGCGAGGUAGGGGAGGAGGGGGUGGAGGAGGAGGAGGAGGAGGAGGAGGAGGAGGAGGAGGAGGAGGAGGAGGAGGAGGAGGAGGAGGAGGAGGAGGAGGAGGAGGAGGAGGAGGAGGAGGAGGAGGAGGAGGAGGAGGAAAUGGAGGGGGAAGAAGAGGAGGAGAGCUUGAGCGUUCUCCCUGUCAGCUGCAGCAGGUGCUCUCCCACAUUUGGCGCAGGCGACAGGGAAGGUGGGGAUAACCCUUCCGUGUCCUCUAAAGACUCAUCAGCGGCAGGCACACCACUGUGA